AUGCCAUUUGGCCUAGAUACAUUAGAUUUCUCAGUAUUAGUAGCUCUAGUCAUAGCACUCUUCACUUAUUUAAAUAAAGAUAAGCUUUUAGAUGUGUUAAAGGGUAGUGGCGUCAGCGAUAGCAGCAUCACUUCUUCUUCAUUAAGCCGUGACAUAGUCGAAGUUUUAAAGGAGAAUAAUAAAAAUUAUUUGGUUCUGUAUGGUUCUCAAACAGGUACCACCGAGGAUUAUGCCAAAAAGUUUGCCAAAGAAUUAAUGGCUAAAUUCGGUGGUGAAUUGAACGUUAUGUGUGGUGAUUUAGAAAAUUAUGAUUUUGAUAAUCUAAAUGAAUUACCAGCUAACAUCAUAGUCUCCAUUUUUAUUAGUACCUACGGUGAAGGCGAUUUCCCUGACAGUUCUAUUCCCUUUGAAGAUUAUUUGAACUCUUUGGAUCCUAGUGAAAAACCCCUAUCCAGCUUAAAAUUCACCUUAUUUGGUUUGGGUAAUUCCACUUACGAGUUUUUUAAUGGGGCUGGUAAGAAAUGCAAAGAAAAAUUAAUUGAAAACGGUGGUGCUCAGCUAAUUGGGGAGUAUGGUGAGGCUGAUGAUGGCAUGGGUUCUACUGAUGAUGACUAUACAAACUGGAAGGAUAAGAUUUUAGUUGUUUUGAAAGAUAAAUUGAAAUUGGACGAGCAUGAACAAGUUUUCCAACCUAGUUACAAGUUGACCAAUUUAAAUGAAAUUGACAAUAGCGUCUCAUUGGGGGAACCUUCUAUACACUACAUCCCGAUCCAUAAAGAUGAAUAUUUAUCGUAUAACUCAGACAAACAUCAACAAUUGGGCCCAUUUGAUACCAACUAUCCAUACGUAGCACCCAUCACCCAAAUUAAAGAACUGUGCAACCCUAAAUCUGGCAGAAGUUGUUGCUUUGUUGAAUUCGAUGUAUCAGGCUCCAACAUGAAAUACUCUACUGGUGACCAUAUUGGUAUUUGGCCAUCUAAUAGUAACGAGGCAGUCAAUCAAUUUGUCAAAUGCUUUCAACUAGACGAGUCUAAGGGAUUUUCUUUGACUCCUCUGGACUCUACUGUCAAAUUACCUUUCCCUGCACCUACUACCAUUGGUGCUUGUGUUAGAUAUUAUUUGGAAAUUACUGGUCCAAUUUCCCGUCAGUUUUUCUCCUCUGUUGCUCAAUUUGCCCCCACCGAAGAGUUGAAAGCCGAAUUAGAAAAGCUAAGUAAAGAUAAAAAUUUGUUUCAUAGCGAGAUUAUCAGCCAGUAUUACAAUGUUGCUGAUGCUUUGUUAAAAUUAUCUGGUGGUGCUCCAUGGAAUACUGUUCCUUGGGAAUUUUUAAUCGAAACUAUUCCACGCUUGCAACCACGUUAUUAUUCGAUUUGUUCCUCCUCCUCAAUGGACAAACAGCUUGUUCAUGUCUGUUGUAUGGUUGAGCAACAGGUCAUUUCCCAAGACCGUGUGUCCACUGGUGUGACAACUAAUUUCUUGAAACAAAUCGAAUGUAAAGAGAAUGGAAGCACUUACAUGUUGCCUCCUGUUUCCUAUGAUUUAGGUGGGCCAAGAGGAUUAUACAAUAAAAAUAAAUUGCCUUUAUAUAUUCGUAAAAGUGGUUUCAAAUUACCCUCUAAUCCAAGUACUCCAGUUAUUAUGGUGGGUCCAGGUACAGGUGUUGCUCCAUUUAGAGGGUUUAUUCGUGAAAGAGUGGAAUAUGUUAAGAAGCAAACAGAUGCAGGUAAUAAUGUCAAUUUGGGCAAACACAUGUUAUUCUAUGGGUCAAGGGAUUCUAAUGACGCAUUGUUUAUGAACGAAUGGGAAGAAUAUAAAAAAAUGUUGGGUAACGAUGAUACGUUUCAGUUACAUUUGGCACAAUCUCGUGUUCCUGGUGCUGAAUCAAAGUAUGUUCAGGAUGCUAUAAAGAAGAACGCUGUUCAGUUGGUUGAAUUGUUAAACCAGGGUGGUUUCAUCUACGUCUGUGGUGACGCCAAAAAUAUGGCUAAAGAUGUUCAUCGUAAUUUCGGUGAGAUAUUGGCUGAGCAAAAAAAUAUUUCGUACGAUGAUGCUGUGGAAAUGUUAAAGAUGAUGAAGGUUAGUGGUAAGUACCAGGAAGAUGUUUGGUAG